CCGAAUUGUUCUGGAGCUGUUUGCCGAUAUCACCCCAAAGACCGCAGAAAACUUCAGAGCGCUCUGCACCGGAGAGAAAGGCGUCGGAAAAGCGACAGGGAAGCCGCUGCACUUCAAAGGAUGCCCGUUCCACAGAAUCAUCAAGCAGUUCAUGAUCCAGGGAGGGGACUUCUCCAACCAUAACGGCACUGGGGGCGAGAGCAUCUACGGGGAUAAGUUUGAAGAUGAAAACUUUCACUACAAGCACAGCAAAGUGGGUCUGCUGAGCAUGGCCAACGCUGGGCCCAACACCAACGGUUCUCAGUUCUUCAUCACCACUGUACCAACGCCACACUUGGAUGGAAAACACGUGGUCUUUGGACAAGUGUUAAAAGGGAUGGGAGUUGUAAAACUGCUGGAGGCCAUUGAAACUGUGGACGAUGCGCCUUUAAAGCCUUGUGUCAUAGCCGACUGCGGCGAGCAUAAGGACGGGGACAGCUGGGGCUCCGCACCAAAUGAUGGAACAGAAGAUGCCCACCCAGACUUCCCCGAGGACGCCGACCUCGACUUUAAGGAUGUCGACAAAGUUCUGUCGUUCGCCGAAGACGUGAAGAACGUUGGAAAUGCGCUUUUUAAGAACCAAGACUGGAAAGCUGCAGUCAACAAAUACAGUAAAGCCCUGAGGUACUUGAAGAUGUGUGGAGAUCAGCUGGAGGAGGCGGCUCAGAAGAAGCUGGAGCCCACGGCGCUCAGCUGCGUUCUGAACACAGCUGCUUGCAAACUGAAGCUGCAGCUGUGGCAGGAAGCUCUGGACAGCUGCAACGAGGCUCUUGAACUGAACCAAUCAAACGCUAAGGCACUUUUCCGAAGAGCCCAGGCCUGGCAGGGGCUGAAGGAAUACAACAACGCCAUGACUGAUCUUAAAAAAGCUCAGGAAGUUGCUCCAGAAGAUAAAGCCAUCAACAACGAGCUGAAGAAAGUCCAUCAUAAAAUCCAGGAAGAGAAGGAGCGGGAGAAGAAGAUCUACGCCAAGAUGUUCGUGUGAAUACGUGACGUCAGGAUGGAGGAGUCCAGUCAUGGGAAAACGCACAUUUCCAUCGUACUGUUCCCGUCGUGUUUUCCACCAGACACAGUUUUGUUUUGCGGGAAUUAAAAGUUUGAUCCGACUUCACUGAAAAGUUGAGCUUUAGUCCGAUUCUGCUGAAGAACUGGACACACGCUGGCCUUUGUUCUGGAUAAGUCACGUUGUAUGUUCAAUCAUAUCACGGUUGAGUUUUUGGUACCUCGGACCUCUUGCAGUUCAUCCAUGUCCUUAUUUAUGUUUUUACAGCUCGAUAAAAUAAAGACUAACCAU